AAUGGUCCCCAAGAUUUUUUUCCUUGGACUCUGUACCCCUACGCCUGCCUUUCCUUCCCCAGGGGCAUCACCGCCCCAGCUUCACCAAUCACAUGACAGCUUUCUCUCUCUCUCUCUGUCAACCAGAGUGUUUUUCCACCCCCUACAAUUGGCCACGGCGUAUGGGAGAAUCCCUGGCUCUCUGUGGGCUCCUGAGCUGCUGGGGGCCAAGCGUCACCAGCAGAGACGGGUGGUAGGGGAGCAGUGAGAGAAGGGGAGAGAAGGACUCUAGGACCCUGGGGUUGCCACGGGGUGCGCUACUGGGCUGCUACGCCAGGACAGGUACUGCCACUCCAUGGGAUAUGCCAUGGCAUUACCACGCCGCAACUCAGCCUUCACGCCUCUGGGAGGGAAGGACACUGAAGGGGAGGUUUGGUGGGCGUGGGCACAUGUGCACACAUAUGUAUGUACAUGACCUGGCUCUGGCAGGGAAUGAGUGAUCACCCUAGGGGCCCCAGGGUGGAAGGGGGCUCACGUGGGGACGGAGCCAGGAAGGUGUGAACAGGUAGGAGUAGUAGGAUCCAAUCAGAAAUUACAUGGCUCUGGGUGGGGUUUGGUCUUGUGGUUCCAAUCAAGGGGCUCAGCGUCAGGGGGCGUGGCUCUGGUGCACCAAUCAGGGACGAGGAGGCUGGGGGAGGUGAGGAAGCCAAUCCAGAUAGGGAGGUGAGUUAAGUGGGUGUGAGGAGAGAAGGGGCAGUGUCUUGGUGGGAGGGAGGAGGCUUCCGCAGGCCAAUCAGCACGCACGCUGGGGCAGGCACGAAUUUGGUGGGGGGAGGUGGGAUAAUCAUGCACCAAUCAAGGAACGCACAGUUCUGCGCUCCAAUCAGAGAGCGAGGGCGGGAUCCCUUGCAGCCAAUCAGACAUCGCGCCGAGGGGGGGCGGUCUUUAGUGCACCAAUGAGAUAAAGAACACAGUAAGCCAAUCAGCCAGUGGGCUCGUGAUCCGGAAGCGGAAGCUGCGAGAGAAGCCUACCUGCGGCACAGCCAUGAAUAUCCUCCCCAAGAAGUCUUGGCACGUGCGAAACAAAGACAAUGUGGCCCGGGUGCGGCGGGACGAGGCCCAGGCCGAGGAUGAGCGGCAGCAGCGGCAGGCUCGGGCUUUGCUGGCCGAGCAGGAAGCACGGACCAAGUUCCUGAGGAAGAAGGCACGGCUCUUGGCCCUGCCGGAGCCCAAUGGCAGCUCGGAGCUGGCCCUCUGCAGUGAGCAGCCACAUCACAUCGACCUCUUCCGGGACCUGGAGGAUGGCAAGGGCAGCAAGGCAGGGAACAAGGAGUAUGAGGAGGAGAAGCUCAAGGAGAAGGAGCGCCAGGAGAAGGCCAUCGGGCUGCUGACAUAUCUGGGACAAAGUUCAGCUGAGGCCCAGACCAACCCACCCUGGUACCAGGAGGCCCCAGACCGCAGCAAGGAGGCAGCUGACAUGGUCAGGGAUGAGAAGCUGAAGGGGAAGCUGGACCCCCUCCUAGAGAUGGAGAAGUACCUGCAGAAGAAGAAAGGGGAACAAAAGAAACACAAGAAAGAAAAGAAGAGGCACAAGGAGAAGGACAGGCGGAAAGAGGAAAGGAAGGGAGUGGGGACCUCUGGCCCCACUUCCCUGGAGGAGCUGAGGCAGGAGCGGCUGCAGCGAGAGAAGGCAGAGCGAGCCAAGGCAGAAGCCCUGCUGGCUGGGACGUGGGGAGGGUCAGUCGGCUGCAGGGAGGAAGUGGAGAUGGAUGACAGGAGACGCUGCUACAAUUCUCAGUUCAACCCACAGUUGGCCCGGAAACCCUGGGACCGGGAGGAGCAGCGCUGAGCUGGGGUGCAGAAUGGGGGCUUUGGCGCUCUAGACAUGAAACUGCCUGAAUAGGCAUUAUAGCAGGGCCAGGGCUCCGAGGACAGAGAAUGGGAAGGCUCCAGCCCUUCGAACCACAAGGAUGUUUCUGUUCCAAGGACACAGGAGGUCCUUUUUGUUACACCUCCCCUUAGCAAUGCCCCCCUGGACUGGCAGGUGGGGAGUCCCUCUGGUCCUCCAUGGACUUUGAAGCCCCUUCUUAGGUGCAUGGAGGAUUUGCAGGGGCACUAUGUACUGGACACAGGCCUCAUGUUUUAGCAGGCAAUUGGAAGGAGGGAAGGAAAAACAAACCCCUUGGUGGUGGAGCUGAAGCAAACGAGUUCCAGCUGCCACCUCCAAGCCCUGGCAGUACAGGAGCUGCCAGGGUUGUAGCUACAGACCUGUGCACUAAUAAAGGCUGUGUCCAAUUUGA